AAAAGGAUUCUUACAUCAAUAUUAGUACAAUUGAAAUAAGAAAUUAUCUACAUCUACAUUCUUCAAUGUCAAUGGAACAAUAAGUGAGGUUAUGGAGUACUUCAUAACCUCACUUAUUUUAAAAAUCAAUACCUGUUGCUAAAAAAACAUAAACAAAAUGAGCGGGGGCCUGGUACCCAGCAGAAGUACAGUGUACAUAUCAAAUUUACCUUUUGGUUUGAAAAAUAACGACAUCCACAAGAUAUUUGAGAAGCAUGGCAAAAUCAUAAAAGUGACAACUUUAAAGGACAGAGCUAACAGGCUUAACAAAGGUGUGGCGUUUAUAUUGUAUUUAAACACGGAAGAUGCAAAAAAAUGUGUCGAUGAAACAAACGACAAAGAGAUGUAUGGUAGAACGUUAAAAGCAAGCAUAGCCAAAGACAAUGGCAGAAGUUCAGAGUUUAUACGUCGAAAAGAAUACCCGGACAAAACUCGAUGCUAUGAAUGCGGCGAGUUUGGACACUUAAGCUACAAAUGCGAAAAAAAUUUACUAGGCGAAAGGGAACCACCGCCAAAAAAGGUGCGGAAACGUAAAAAAAAGGAUGAAAAUGCAAAAAAAUCAAACAACACUGACGAUGAUGAAGAUACCCCCGUAGAAGAAGAUUGCGAAACGCUCAGCGCUGCUAUAGCCUUGGAACAGGAAAAAAAAGAACUCGAGGAGUACAGAUAUAAAGUGGCCAGUGGUAAUUACGAUGAUGAAGUUGAGGUUUCUUCAAAAAGUGGCAAAAAAAUCAAAAAGAGCGCCUAUUUCAGCGAUGAAGAAGAAUCUGACUAAUAUUAUGAAAAUCUGUGUAUAUUUGAGUCUAUUUAUUGCAAUUAAACCUUAAUAAACGU